GGCUCGGCACGGCUCGGCUCGGCCCGGCUCGGCUCGGCUCGGCUCGGCCCGGCAGGGCGGCUCCCGACGCUCUGGCGUGAGCCGACCCCGGCUACUCCUCAGGCUUGGAGACGUUGCAAACGCGUUAGGUCUCCUGGGCCGCCGUCACGAGAUCCCUGCGAGCGAAAAGGUUGCCUGUGUGUUUGCCUCUGCCUUACGGCAGCCAGGUAUCUCUCUAGCCUUGACGUGGUGGGAAUGUGUCAUAUUCCCACGUUCUUUUACAAAAUAGAUUCUUAGGAGGUAGGGUUUCCCUCCCACAGCCAGGACAUGGUUUGUUAAUUUGUUUUUUUGUUUAUUAAUAUAACUUUAAAAAGAGAGUAGGGAGGGAAUGUUGGCACUUAGGAACAGCACUUGCUAGGGGGCAAAAAAAUAAUGCACCCAGGUAACUAAACUCGGUUAUCGAUCAAAAUGUGGUUUUAAUCUGUAGUUAGUAUGUUUAUGUAUCUGUUUCUGAUUGCCACGAUACAAAUCAUUCUCAUGCUUUGCUUAUUUGUUCUUGUGCUCAGUCAAUAAAAUGAGGCUUUUCUUUUUUCAAAUUUCAGCCAAGUCCUCAAAUUAAAAGAGGUAAAAUGAAAUGCAAAAGCUCUUCUCUUUCCCUGCUGUGAGAUAACACUGUUUUAAGCUAUUAGUUUUCAACAAACUUGAAUUUUGAGAGUUUAGCUGAUUUCUGCCAGUUCAGUAAUACAGCUUUCUUGUAGACAAUGUGCAUGAGAGCAGAAAUUUCAGCAAACUUUACCUUGCAUGACAAAAAUCCUCAGUUAGCAACAACAGAAAAUGUGUGUGUGGGACCCCAUGCAGAUUUUUGAAUUCUAAUAAAAGAAACCUAUAAAGAAAGGCAAUUCUUUUAUAUUUACAAGUGUGCUACUGUGCAAUGCCUAUGCUGUAACAAUGAAUAUGCACCAGGCAGUAUAAGGAACCAUGUAUGCUAAAAUUAUAAUUACUAAAAAAUAAUUACAUAUGUGCUUAAAGUUUCCGAUCAAAAUCAGAGGAAUGCUUUAUGUACAGUAAAUAGAUGCAUUUAAAACCGCAGUUCUUUGUGCUUGUUCAUUUAGAAAUGUUUGGUGCUUGAUAAGUGGAAAAGAGUAUUGAGACAUGUAUGUAUAUUGUAUAUUGUUGAAUAUACAUGUAUGUAUAUUCAAAUUCUGGAGAAAAAGGUUCUGUUUGACUGAUUUGUGUUGCCUAUGCUAUAAAUGCAGCGAACAGGAAAAUGAGAGGCUCCAUUGUAAGCCUUUUCUUUAUCAACAGUGUUUAUUGAAACUUUUACAAUAUUGUUGCUUUGUAUGACUGUGUUAUAUUCAAAUACGAAAUCAGGCAACUUUCAGACUUAAGUCUGCUAACCUGGAAAUUAAUGGAUGCAUAAAUAAUUUAUUAAUUGAUUAUAUAGUUAUUAAUAGAGCUGCAUUUAUAUCAAGUGCUUUUCAAAAUUGUAAUGGUGCUUACAUGUUCCUUAGGAAAUCUCAACUUUUCACUUCAGGAGAUUAAUUAUUUUCUAUUACAUAAUAUGAAACCUUUUUUUCUUAGUUGCAGACAACUGAGCAGAUUUCUUCUUGGCUAUGUCCAUACUGAGUGGGAAGCACAAGGGUGGAGUUUGCAAUGGAGGAGAUCCCAGUUAAAGUUGCAGUCCGAGUCAGACCUCUGCUUUCCAAAGAAAUACUUCAUAACCAGCAAGUGUGUGUCAGAUUAGUCCAAAAUGCUAACCAAGUUAUCAUUGGAAAGGACCAUGUCUUCACUUUUGAUUUCGUGUUUGGCGAAAACUCAACCCAAGAAGAAGUUUAUGCUGUUUGUAUUAAGCCUCUUCUAGUGUCUCUGACUGAAGGAUACAAUGCUUUAGUGUUUGCAUAUGGACAGACUGGUUCUGGGAAGACUUAUACCAUUGGUGGUGAGGACAGUGCAUCAGUUGCAGCGGAUGAAAGGGGCAUAAUCCCACGGGCUAUUCAGGAAUUAUUUCAUCAUAUUUCUGAACACCGUAAUAUUAACUUCCAUGUGAAGGUAUCCUAUAUAGAGAUUUACAAGGAAGAACUUCGAGAUUUGUUGGAUUUGGAGACCUCUAUGAAAGAUCUACAUAUCCGAGAAGAUGAGAAGGGAAAUACAGUGAUUGUCGGUUCUAAGGAAUUCCAAGUGGAAUGUGCAGAUGAAGUGAUAAGCCUGCUGGAAAGUGGUAAUGCAGCUCGUCACACAGGCACAACACAGAUGAAUGAGCACUCUAGUCGAUCUCAUGCCAUUUUUACCAUCAGUAUUCAUCAGAAGCAGUCUGCAGAGUAUCAGAAUGCUGCACAGGAUUCGAUCUCUUCAAAGUUUCAUUUUGUAGAUCUGGCUGGAUCAGAGAGGUUAGCAAAGACUGGAAAUACUGGUGAACGCUUCAAAGAAUCAGUUAAGAUCAAUAGUGGUCUCUUUGCCUUGGGAAAUGUCAUCAGUGCCCUUGGAGACCCAAAAAGGAAAAGUGCACAUAUUCCAUAUAGGGAUGCUAAAAUUACUCGUAUUCUGAAAGACUCCCUUGGAAGAAAUGCCAAGAUUGUUAUGAUAACAUGUAUAAGUCCAUCAUCACUGGACUUUGAUGAAUCUUUAAAUUCCCUCAAAUAUGCCAACAGAGCAAAAAACAUUCGAAAUAAACCAGUAGUAAAUUACAACCCAGAAAAAGACCGAAUUGAUGAAAUGGAACCUGAAAUCAGAUUGCUUCAGGAAGCUUUGCAGAGCCAGCAGGUCAGUAAUCAGCAUUUACAUGACUUAAAUGAAGAAAAAGGCCGUAUCAGUUCACUUGAGGAGAAGCUCACUCGCCUUCAGGUUCAAUAUUUCAGUUACAGAAAUUGUGUAGAUGAAGCCUUACUUUUACUGGUUGAUUUGAAUGAUGAUGUUAGCUUAAGAAGAAGUCAGCGGGACAGAUUGCAGAGCUGGAUCAGUAUGGUGCAGAAAGUAAGGAAGGAAGCUCUCACCGUCCAGGAGACUGACACAGGGACUGAGACCAGCCCUGUACCACAUCACAUUACAGUUCUUCAGCAGAAGAGGGACCUAGAGAAAUGCCAGCAGGUACUAGCUAUGAAUGAAGAACUAUUUAGCCAGAAGAAUCAUGAAGUGCAGAUACUGCAGAAUCAGACAAAGGCAUUGCUACAAGAAAAGAAAGAGCAACAGGAAUUUUUAAAGGAGGCUCAAGAAACACAAAGAUUACAGGGGUAUACCAGCCCCCCUGUCUUGUUUCUGGCCCAGAUGACAGAAUUCCAUAUUCGCAGACAGAUUAUACUGAGCAAAUUAGAAGAUCAAGAUAAAGUCCUUCACUGCCACCUCCCUGAUCAGAGUGACGAAGAGGAAGACAAUACACGCUGCGAAGAGAAAACCUCAUAUAAGUGUUCCAUAAAUCAAACAUGGACACAAAAUCAUGCAUCUCUGUGCUUUCUUCCUGAUGUAAGUGACAUGAAGCAUCAAGUAGACAAGUCUGGUUUGUCCAAUAAAUCUGCCCUACAAACCGACACAAACACAGGUGAAGAGAGUGACAGCCUCCAGAAUAGCCAUGUUAUUAACAUGCAGAAGUUAACGAAUUCAGAGUUGAGACUUGCUAAGACUGAGCAAAAAAUAAGAAAACUUGCACUUAAUAUGAAAAGGAAAGAGGAACUUAUUAAGGAUUUAGUAAGAACAGGUAAGGAUGCUCUGUCUGUAAGCUGGCAGUGUUCUUUGAAGAUAAGUCAACUGGAGCAAGAAAUUGAGCAGGCCAAAACACAGCUGUCUGAAACACAAAAGCAGCUUCAGGAGCCAGAUAGUAAAGAGCUGAGAGAUAUUCCUGAGAAAGUCAUGUUACAGAAAGAGUGCCAGAAGAAGACAGAGGCAGCUAAGUUGAAAGUGCAGAAGAGAGAAGCAAGAGAACUUGCGCAGAAAGUGGCUCAGUUGAAGCAUCAGCUAUCCCAGAUAGAGGAGAGACUGUGUGAGGAGAGUGAAAAGAAGUAACUGGAAGCAGAGCUUCAGCAGGACCAGCAACAAAUGAAGGCUUUGAACAAAGAUAGUAUGAAAUUGUCUACGCUCAUCAGCAUGCUGGAUGAGGAGCUGUGUGAUAAAAGUAUGCAGCUUCAGGGCAACACCACUGACAAGUCAGACAUUUUGGAAAAAAUACAGGUUCUCCAAAUGGAAAGGGAUCAGGUGCUCAGAAGGAGAAAUAGUAUGGAUAAGAAUCUGAAAAUUGGUAAAGUGUUGUCAACUGAAGAAGAACAUAUUCUUUUCCAGCUAGAAGAAGGAAUGGAAGCCUUUGUAGCUGCAAUUGAUUGCAAGAAUGAAAGUAUUCAUAAUCGCCAGCACUUACUUAGGUCAUCGUCUCAGAGUCUUUCACAGAGCCAGCAUAACAUAAUAGGGAAACUAGUUUCUCUGUCUGCUGCUGAGCUCAGAGCUAUCAUCAUCAGUUAUUUCAACAAUGUGUUUCUUUCUAAGAUUGUUGGCCUGCGCGAGUCUGAACAAAAAUUACAAGUGCAGAUUGAAGAACAGGAAAUGAAGUCCAUACACCAGAAAAAUAUGAUGUGUGAAUUAGAAUCUGCACUUGAACACAUCAAGGUGCAAUGUGACAGGCAGCUGACUCACCAACGCCAAGAACAUGAGAAAAAAAUACAGUUUAUAUUGAAAAUUUUCAAAGAACAAAAUAGUGAAGGUAUUGCAGAUACCCUGAAAGGGUAUGAAGUAAAAAUCCAGCAACUGGAAAAAUAUUUAUUUUUCUAUAAGAAAACCAGCAGAGAGCUGAAGAAGAAAUUGAAGAGCCUUCUUGGAGAGUCAUCUGAAUAAUUAUGGUCAUCCAGUAAAUGUAAGCAUAUUAUCUGAUAAAUGUUUAUGCAAUUCUCAACAGACCAUUUGAAGAAGUAUGUCAGAUAGCUGUAGAACAUUGUAUUUUUACUGUAUUAACUGUUUUUUGGGAAUAUAUUCCACCUUUACCCACGUUUCAAGUGAGAGACAUUUAUUUAUAGCAGUAGCUCUAGCAGUGGUGUGCCAAUGGUUUAAAUUCUUGCUCUGUUUUCUUUGGAUUCUAACAAUUUCAGCAUUUACAACCUCAAACUGUUACAGUUCAGGCAAAGGAAUUUUACUCUCUGAAAGCAUCUGAACGCUACUGUAACUAACAGCUCUGUUAUAUGCCAUGCAUUUGAUUUCUUAAAAGUUUCUGGGAGAUUGUCAAUGAAAAGUGCCACACUUACAGUUACUAACUUAUUUUAGCUAUUUACUAAAGCUGAAAGAGCAUUUACACUUUUGAAGGGGAAGAAGAAAUGGUCUCUAUGGCAACUCUGUGCUUUGACAUAAAAAAACCCCAACCAACUGAACAAACAAAACACAACAACCAUUAGUAUAAGUUUUUAAAUGUUACAUGUCCUUCUUGCCAGAACCCAGAUGUACAACAGAGCUAUUCAUGUGGAGGAGAAAAGAAGAUUAAGUUUCAUCACCAUUUCUGUUGUCUUAUACCUCUCAAUGCCACCACAAUACCACACAUACACAAUAUAGCCUUCU